AUGAGUCUCCAGUGGACCGCCGUGGCCGCAUUCUUGUAUGUGGAGGUCUUUUUGGUGCUCCUCCUCUGCAUUCCCUUCAUUUCUGCUAAGAGGUGGAACAGUGUCUUCAGAUCUCGACUGGUCCAAACCAUAGCCUUAUAUGGCAACACUUCCUUCAUGGUGGCCAUGGCCAUUCUCGUCUUCCUCCUCAUUGAUGCUUUCCGUGAGGUGCGGAAGUACAGUGUGACAGAGAAAGUGGACUUGACCAACAAUCCCACCGCCAUUGAACACAUUCACAUGAAACUAUUUAGAGCGCAGAGGAAUCUUUACAUCGCCGGAUUUGCACUCCUACUUUGCCUAUUGCUGCGUCGUCUGGCCACUCUUCUUUCCCAGCAGGCCUCCCUGAUGGCGUCCAAUGAGGCUUUCAAGAAGCAGGCAGAGGGCGCGAGCAACGCCGCUAAAAGCUUCAUAGAUGAAAAUCAAGUGCUGCAGGAGAAACUCCGAGAAGCUGGCCUUGAGGUGCCAGAGCCGGGAAAGAAAGGAGAGGGAGUCCAGGCAGAGAACAAAACUUUAAAAGAAGAAGUUAAGACCUUAAAGGAGGAACUGGAAGCCACCAAGAAAGCACUCCGGAAGAGCGACGGCGACGUGACGGCGAUGAAGAAGCAAGCCGCUAACUUGACGCUGGAAUACGACCGACUGCUGGAAGAGCACAGCAAACUUCUGGCCAGCGGUGAUAAGAAGUCUGACUGA